GUUACCUUACUCAUUUAUUAUAGUUCACCAAAUCUAUAAAGUAGUAAUUUACAUAUCGGCGUCAUUUUUAUAAUUGCUUGUGUCCGUGCAAGACUUAUUUUGAUAAGGUGACCAUGUGGGUCAUCCUGUUCUUAAUACUUUUAGUAAUCUUUAUUUUGUAUCAAGUUUUGAAAUACAAGUAUGGUUACUGGGAAAGAAAGAAAGUGCCACACAUCAAACCCGUGCCCUUGCUUGGUAACUAUGGAGAUUACAUACUACUAAAGACCUUUAUAGGUGAUGUUGUAAGCAAGAUUUGUGCCAAGUUUCCCAAUGAACCAUAUAUUGGAGCAUUUUACGGCACUGAACCGGCUCUCAUAGUACAAGAUCCUGAACUUCUCAAGCUUAUUUUGGCAAAAGAUUUUUAUUAUUUCCACGGGCGAGAAGUCACGCAAUACACUGACAGGGAACCACUCACAAAAAAUAUAUUCUUCACACACGGAGACAGCUGGAAGGUUAUACGACAAAACAUGACACCUCUGUACACAACUGCAAAAAUGAAAAACAUGUUUCACUUAAUAGAGAAAUGUUCCCGUGUGUUCGAGAGUUUGUUGGAAGAGGAGUGUAUAGCUUCUGAUUCUAUAGAAGUUAACUGUUUAAUGUGCCGGUUUACAAUGGAUUGCAUCGGCUCCUGUGCGUUUGGCGUCGAAACCAACGGUAUGCAAAAAGGACAUGAAUUAAAUCCAUACGUCAUCAUGGGAUCACAGAUCUUUGCUCGUUCAACUUUAAGAGGCAUAAAAAAUAUUAGUCGUGCCAUCUGGCCUUACAUAUUUUACAAAUUGGGAUUGCAAAUUUACCCGGAAUCCAUCACACAUUUCUAUGUUGAUUUAAUGCGUAAAAUUUUUAAACAGCGGGACUUUAAACCUAGCCCGAGACACGAUUUUGUUGACUUCCUCUUAAACUUAUAUAAGGACAAAUACAUUACCGGUGAAGGCAUAAUGACUAUUAAAACGGGAGAAACUCAAAAAGUAACGAUGAAAGUAGACUACGAUCUUUUAGCGGGACAGUGCAUUUCAUUUUUGGGAGCAGGGUAUGAGACCUCGGCAACUACUCUAGCUAUGACCCUGUUUGAACUGGCAAAAAACGAAGAACUACAAACGAAGGUAAUAAAAGAAGUAGACGAGUACUUGGACAAGCAUAAUGACAUAUUAGAUUACAGUAUUGUAACAGACUUACCAUUCCUAGAAGCUUGUAUUGAUGAGUCUUUGCGAUUGUACCCACCUUUGACGAAUUUAACUCGUGAGGUCAUGGAAUCCUACACGUUCCCUUCAGGUCUUACAGUAGAUAAAGGUCUCCGAGUUCAUAUACCGGUGUACCAUAUUCAUCGAAACCCAAAUUAUUAUCCUAACCCAGAAAAAUACGAUCCGGAGCGAUUCUUACCUGAAGAAAAGAAAAACAUCACGCCUUACACGUACCUGCCUUUUGGGGAAGGCCAGAGGUUUUGCGUUGGAUUACGGUUCGCAAAGAUGCAAAUGCUAGCUGGUUUGGUGACGAUAUUCAAGAGUUAUAAAAUUAGCCUAGCCGAUGGUAUGCCGGAAACACUGGAGUUUGAUCCCAGAGUCCUCAUCCAUGUGCCAAAAGGAGGAGUCAAUGUCAAGUUUAUACCACGUAAGGACGGAAGGAAUUACAAUAAACUUUCAUAACGUUGUCGAUAGUU